GUCAUCUCCCCGCGCCGUGUUCUAGUGGAGAGGCGGAGCUGACGGUUCUCGUGCACGUUGAUGUUUUCAUGAUUUAGCGGCAGAGACGAGUUCAUCAUCUUCAUCAUCCUCGGCAUCAUCCGGACAGUUUGACUCACAGGAGAAAUGUCAGUCACCGAAAUGUUCAGUUACAUCCAGGGCUUCCUGAGCGCGGACCAGGACGUCAGAGAGGAUAUCCGUAAAGUGGUCCAGACUCUGGAGCAGACUGCCAGAGAAAUACUAACAGUUCUCCAAAGUGUUCACCAGCCAUCUGGGUUCAAAGAAAUUCCGGGUAAAUGUGCAAAGGCGCGGGAGCUGUUCUGCACCGUGAGGACACAACUAGCAGACCUCAAAACUAAGUUUCCUGUGGAGCAGUAUUACAGGUUCCAUGAACACUGGCGGUUUGUCCUGCAGCGCUUGGCUUUCUUAGCCGCCUUUGUUGUCUACCUGGAGAGUGAAGCUCUGGUGACCCGGGAGGAAGUGGCUCAGAUACUUGGCAUUGAGGUGGUGCGAGAGAAAGGCUUUCACCUGGAUGUAGAGGACUACCUGGCAGGUGUGCUGAUCAUGGCGAGUGAACUGUCGCGGUUGGCGGUGAACAGCGUCACCGCCGGAGACUACACCCGGCCGCUCCGCAUCUCCAACUUCAUCAACGACCUGGACUCUGGUUUCCGCCUGUUGAACCUGAAGAACGACCCUCUGCGGAAACGCUACGACGGCCUCAAGUACGACGUGAAGAAAAUCGAGGAGGUGGUGUAUGACCUGUCUAUCCGCGGGCUGGCCAAAGAGGCGGAGUCUGCUGUGGAGAAAUAGAGCACUUAGUCGUCGACUGGCUGUGGGAGACGGAGGAGGAGGAUGCUGUAGCCCCCCCCCUGCCCCCCCCAGGCUGGGAUGUCUCCACGGCUGCUGCCCCUUUAACCUACCUGGAAGGCAAGACCCAGGUCUGCACCUGAGGCCCCAGCAGCUGAGGACAGACUGUGUGUGUGAGUGAGUGAGUGUGUGUGUAUGAGUGUGUUUGUGCAAAAGGCAUGCAUGAGAAGGGCUUUGAUGAAUGGCAGUCUGUCAGACGGGUGGAGGAGACGAUGACCCGGUUUGGCAUCGUUGUUUGGAUAGUUAACAUCGAAGGUUCAGUUUGUUGCCGUUCUUUUUGAAAUCUGUGUUCCUGUUUCUGUAUUCAUGUGUUAAUGAUUCAGUGAGUUGACUUUGCAACAUUUAACUUGCAAUUGGACUCACUCUCACAGUGUAUUGAUGUUCAAAUUGUCUGACACACACAGGGAGCCCUCAAAUGUGAGUGCUCCUGCCAUGCAGAGCUUUCUUUUGUGGAUGUUUGUGUUGCAGAAACAAACAAACAAACAAACAGUGUUUAAGUCUUGAGUUAAAGUUUGGUUGUUUAUCUUUCAAACUCUGAAUUCCUGAUUAUGCAUCCAGGCAGAAAUCCAGGAGCCUUAUUUGAUGCAACAUCCUGUGAUUUAAUCAGAAAUCUAAAAGUCUAAAAGACAACAGCCUUUUUUCUUUGUUUACAUAUCACAGCACUAUCAUUACACUUCAAUCAUUUCUGACUUUGAUACACAAGCUUAGGUUUGGAUCAUUAGCACCUACUUUUCAUACAUGAGGCUCCAGGAUGAGGCACAGCCAAAGAAAUGACUAAGAUGCACUGCACACGAUGUGAAGCUGAAGCUACUCUGUGAUUCGUUACAUCCUUCUUUUGUAAUUCUUCCUACAUCAAGGAACUCUUGCUGAACAGUGCCAAUGAAAAUGUCUGAUGAUUUCAUUGUUUUUGUUGUGCUAUGAAGCUUUCUCUGGAAAUCCACAAGAGAAUUCAGAAUGUCAUGUCGUGCCCUGCAUGUGUUGUGCUCACUGUUUUUUCUUUUCCACUUCAGAACCGUUGAUGUUCGUUUGCUUCAGUGUCGUAGCGAAGCAGGAUUGUAUUUUCUAGAAAUGAUUCCUGUUCACUCUUUUUGCCACGUUGUGCUUUUGUUUUCCUGCAGUGAUGUGUAUUCAACUUCGACUGUGUAAUGAUGAAUCACUUAAUCACUUAAAAUGUUUCAUUUAAUGUAAAUAUAUUUCUACAUUCUGCAUUUCCAGCUUUGUCAGGCUUUAAGUUUUUCAUAUUGGACAAAAAGGCUGCAAAAUAAAUCCCAGUUUCAUUGUUAUCAGUGUGAGCAUUUGUAAUAAACACUCAACAAUCUGGA